ACUAUAAUACGGGUGUGAACGAGCGCAAAAUGGCUGCUCGAUCGAGAUGAGAGAGUGAGUGGGCGCCAGUGUGACAGGGCGCAAGGUGCAGCUGUGUGUUAUUCUUGCCAAAAAGUUUUCGAUCCGAAUUUUGUGUGUAUAUUCUUCAAAUUAAUUAAGUUGUAUUUUUAAGUUCGAGUCUUAUAUUAAGGUAUAGAAGAGAUAUAUAAUAAACUCACUAAAUCAUCUGCAGAAUUGUCCAAGUGUAUGCCGGUCAAGGAACUAAUGUUUAAUAAAAAUUUUUAUAAAUUUUGGAUACAUUAAGGAAGAUACAAUUAAUAAAUCGAGUCAUAAACAUAUUGUAAAUGUUGUACAUCCAAUCUGUAACUUCCGAAUUAAUAACAAUUUAUUAUCCAAUACUGGCCUACGUAGUAAUGCCAACUUAUCAUAAUGCGGGUUGUGGCUACCCAAAUAUAUCAGCAGCAGCUGCUCGUCAACAGAGUAAGUUUGACGGCAAUCAGAAUCAUCAUCAUACCACGAUCCCUUCGCAUUUAGCUGCUGCAGCAGUUGCCGCCACCUCUAAUAUUGUCUGCCCGCUUGAACAGCGGCAGCACAGCAGCUUCACCACGGCGCUUCCUACCACAGCGUCGAUGUCGACAUCAACGACGACAACACCCACAGCAACAUCUAUAGCAACAAGCAUGACGAGCCUUACCAGCUCAACUAAUGCUAACCCAAAUUCGAAUGUGAAUAGCAAUCUUCUCGUUGGUAACAAUACCCGACACGAAGUCAAACUCAAUGCUAUGCCGUGGUUUCACGGGAAGAUAUCGCGAGAGACGGCGGAACGAUUACUAAGACCACGCGAGGACGGGUUGUUCCUAGUCCGCGAGUCAACCAACUUUCCUGGAGAUUACACUUUGUGUGUCUGCUAUGUAGGUAAGGUUCAGCAUUACCGUGUAAAGUACAAAAAUAAUCAACUGACGAUUGACGACGAGGAAUUCUUCAAAAAUCUGGCUCUCCUUGUUGAGCAUUAUGAGCAGGAUGCUGACGGGCUUUGCACUCAGUUGACAAAAUCUUUACCCAAACAAGAUUUCUGCGUGGAUCUAAAAGCCUUCGACGAGGCUGGCUGGGUUAUUCAGACCCACGAACUUGAACUGCGUGAAUGUAUUGGCAAGGGAGAAUUUGGAGAUGUACUGCUUGGAGUCUAUCGAGGUGAACGUGUUGCUGUCAAAAUGCUCAAAGACAAUAGCGAAGCGGCUCAACGCUUCCUUGCUGAAGCCAGUCUUAUGACAUCACUCAUUCAUGAUAAUCUCGUUAAGCUGCUAGGACUUGUUUUUAAUAAUCAGCAUAUGUAUCUUGUGACUGAAUAUAUGAGUAAGGGCUCGCUUGUCGAUUAUCUUAGGUCUAGGGGUCGACUCCAUGUCUCAAAACGGGAUCAGAUAAACUUCGCUCAUGAUACUUGCGCUGGCAUGGCUUAUCUUGAGUCCAGGCACGUUGUACAUCGAGAUUUAGCAGCAAGAAAUGUCCUUGUAGCUGAAGAUAAUUCAGCUAAAGUCUCGGAUUUUGGUCUUGCCCGAGAUGAGAAUUUGUCUCUCGAUGGUGGCAAACUACCUAUUAAAUGGACCGCACCCGAGGCUCUCAAACAAAAUAAAUUCUCCAAUAAAUCUGAUAUGUGGAGUUUCGGUAUACUUCUUUGGGAAAUAUAUUCAUUUGGUCGCGUGCCCUACCCUAGGAUACCAUUAAUCGACGUGGUUAAAUGCGUUGAAAAAGGUUACAAAAUGGAACCACCCGAUGGAUGCCCAGUAGAAGUAUAUGAUAUAAUGAGACAAGCCUGGGAUCUCCAACCUGAAAAGCGGCCGAACUUCCAUGAUAUUAAAGUUAAACUUGGACAGCUAAAAAUUGAAUACACCAAAGGUGUUAAUUGAGCCUAAAACACGUAUAUCUUAAACGUGAAAGGCACUGAACAAUAUGGCCUAGUCUAGAGAAAUGUUUACAACCAUGAAGUUCGACAGUCCCUUCAAAUACUCGAACGUGAAAAUAAUGCGAUUGUUUUAUUUACAAGUGUACAUUAGCUAGGCGUUUUAUUUGUAACACGCGUAUUUAUUGUUUAAUUAUUGAAAUCAAACUCUGAUAUCAAUUCUUAACAACUUAUUUUUUAUAGUGUACUUAUG